UAUUUCCUUUGUUUUAUUUCGGUAGCACUUCCGGGUUCUAAUGUUUACAUCUGGUCGCAGCUUGUUAGCCACGGAGUUUUCUUUAUUGUAAAAAGGAACUCUGUUGUUAUCGCAAAAGAAAAUGUGUUCCGAGUGUUAGGAUCUGUGCACACUCACGUGGCACAGGCAGCAGAGCACACCUCACAGGAUCAGCUGCUGACACACAAUAAACGAUGAGGAAGAAAAUCAGGCGUCUAAAAACAUCAGAGAUUUCACGUCUGGCCAGUCGGAUCCAAACAGCAGCAGAUGUGAGUGAGGACAAAAAGCUGUCUGGCAACAGAGGAAAACCCUGUAAGGCCAUUUCUUCAACCACCUACAGCUUUUGUGUUGACGGUAUAGAAACGGACAAGGCCGCUGCCUCAGACCUCAACAUGAAAAGUGCAAACGAUAUGCAGAAAGAGCAAGAGAGCAAGACCAGACCUUCAGGCAGACUGUCCACUGCUGUCUGCCGGCUUUGCCACGGAAAGUUCUCCCCACGCAGCCUUCGGCACGCCUUCAACAGAUGGCCUCAGGAUUCUCUGGAAAUGGUUGACGAGUCAGACGCCACGUCCCAGCCUCCUCUUUUGUUUCAUACAGAUUUCCAGAGGUUGGUUGGGGUCCAACUGGACCGUGACCCCCGACUUUCAGAGUUUAUCUGUAAAAAAUGCUUUGCAAAGUUCUACAAGUGCCACAAUAUCCUGAUCAGGUUCCUGCAGAGGGUCAACCUCCCUCCUGUUGGAAAGGAGAACCUGCAAAGUCGGAAGAAUUCAAAGUGUCAAGAGUCUUCAUUAAUUCACAGCUCCGGAUCACCAUCGUCCAUUACAUCUGAUCCUAAGUGCCUCCACAGUCUGGUAUCCUGGGCUCACCAUCACGGAGAAGCAUGCCGUUCCUGCCCUGACCUGAAGGAGGUGCUAAGGGGGCAGUGUUGGGGUUCUGUGAAAACGGUGUGGGGAUGCAUCGACGGUCACAGAUACAUUAUGGACACCACUGCAUCCUACCCGACCCACACAGUGAACUCUAGCAGGGGAGUGUUUAAAGUGGAUAACAGUGACGGAGGGAUUUCAGGGGAGGAGGAGCCAGGACAACGGGAUGAGGAAGAAGAACCUUGUGGGAUUGAAAGGACAUCAGCAGGAGAUUUAGACUCUCUAGUUGAGCAAAAUCUACUUUCAGGCACAGCGGAGACGCAGAACACAGCACAGGAUGAGUGGACCGGCAGCAGUGAAGGCCGUAAGGAGGCGAGGAGUCUGACUGCUGCACCGCUGCAGGACAGGGCUGCUGAUAGCGAUCUGUCUGACAGGGCGAUUUCUGAGGAUGAGCUUGAGAACAGAAGAGGUGGUUUGUCGGAUGAAGAGGUGUUUGAGCCGCACUCACACAAGAGAGCUCGCAGACUGAACAUCAAGAGAAGACAAAGCCCAAAGUCUCCAGAAGAACCCAGAGCCCGAAAGAAACCUGGACCUAAACCCGGCUGGAAGAACAAGUUCAAACCAAAAGGAGAAGAGCUUCCCAACAUCUAUAAGUGUCCGUAUCAGGGCUGUACGGCCGUCUACAGAGCUCCAGACGGCCUAAAGAAGCACAUAAAGGAGCAUCACGAGGACAUGAGGGAACGACCUUGCCCCCAUCCCGGCUGCAACAAGGUUUUUCUGAUCGACCGCUACCUGCAGCGACACGUCAAGCUCAUCCACACAGAGGAGAGGAACUACAUUUGUGAUCAGUGUGGUCAAACGUUCAAACAGAGGAAACACCUGUCGGUUCACCAGAUGAGGCACUCAGGAGCUAAACCACUCCAAUGUGAGGUGUGUGGAUUCCAGUGUCGCCAGAGGGCGUCGCUAAAAUACCACAUGACCAAGCACAAGGCAGAGGCGGACCUGGAGUUUGAGUGCCUGAUGUGCAGGAAGCGGUUCGAGAAAGCCCACAACCUGAAUGUCCACAUGUCCAUGGUCCACCCCCUGACUCAGGUCGAGGCCUCGAGUGGCAGCAGCCCCCAGCUGCAGCAGCACGCCGAGCUGCAGACCAUCAGUCGGACUGGAGAGGUGGUCCAGCAAGACCAGGACAGAUGACAGCUGGGGGUCCAGGUCUGCUGAAAGGAACUGAAACAGUGAGCAGGGACGUAUCUGGACCUGCUACACAGUGGUUGACUAAAACAUCUGAGGCCUUUUUGUUACUUCAGUUUAACAACAAGACCCAUUGAUGGACUUUUAUCUGUUAUUUACGAUGCUCUCCUGUAAAUAAAACAGGACUUUCAGGAUUGUUAUGGUCAAACAAGCACUUCCUAAGCAGAAAUACAACCCAGGCGCGGGCAGCUCUUAAUCUUUUGUCUUCCAGAACGCGACACAGAAGCAGAUCCAGAAGAACACGAGUAAAUUAGCCUAUUAUAGCAUAUUUCUGCUUUGUGUAGCUGCCUCUUUGCACAUUUUAAAACUGCU